CAUCAUCCGUCGGGCGUCACAAUAGUCACCAUUGAUGCAGGAGAGAUCAGUUCAGACCUGCCACCGGGUAAGAUCUCUGCCACAGAGAUUCGCCGUCUUCGGGUGAGGGCUGCAGCAAAACCCCGAAUCCGUCUCCAGGCCAGUCGAGCCAUCUUAUCAUCAUCGUACAACAGAGGUAUAAUAAAUAAUAUGAAGCUUGUCGAUUCUACGGUCACGAGGUUCGCAGCUAGCCUCACCUCUAAAGCGCUGCCAAAGAGCCUAUACGGCACUCUUCCUAGCAUCGUCAUCGACAUCAUCCCAGCUAUGCUGAACGGCAUGGUUAAACCUGUCUAUAAGUCUUCGACGGAGGCACUAACAAACAUCCACGGCAACGGCGGACCCCAGUCAGUCGCAGCCAUAGACGGCUCAGAGACCACAAUCUUUGGCGCGAUGUAUCUCAACGGUAUUGCAGCCGGUGCAUUACAAAUCGAGCACGUCGUGCUGAACGCGCAUCCGUCCUCCUCUGUCCUCCCCGCUCUGCUAGUCUACGCCUCCACUCGAAACACAAACACCAGUGGCGAGGACUUCCUCACUGCUCUCGCCGCAGGCUACGAAGUCUGCGCGCGAAUCGGCCUCGUAUCAUGCUCCUCGGUAGAAGACGGGCGUGGUUUCCACAACCCGGCCAUCAACGGACAGCUCGCCGUAGCGGUGGCGGUCGGUAACCUCCUCAGCUGGGACGCCGCGACCAUCGUGUCCGCUUUGAGGGUCGCGACAUCAAGGUCAGGCGGUCUCGUGGCUUUCCAGACGACGGACGCCAAGACGCGGCAGAUUCGCCCGGGCCACGGCGGGCCAUUAGGCAUCGAAGCUGCGCUCAUGGCUCGCGCGGGUGUCACGGGCCCGCCUAAUAUCUUGGAGAACGAGAUGGGGUUCCUGCAUGCCUUUUCGCCGGAACCGACCUAUACGCAAACUCUGCUUUCCUUGAGGCCCUGGUGGACAAGUACAACCGUAAUACCAAAGCCCUAA